AUGCCUCAAACGCGUGCCGCGGCUCGUCAACAACAAGCCCCUAUUUCAAGCCCCGCCCCUAUCGAGGGCUCUGCACAGGAGCGCUCCUCCUCUGCCCCCGCCCCCUCCCCUUUUCGCAUCAAGAUUCUUGCCCGUCGUGCCCGCACCCCGCCGCCCGCUUCUUCUCCACUCCCGGCUGUUCCGCCGCGGCCCCGGAAGCGCGUGCGUCGCGAGCCCGUCGCUGAACCACCUCUCCCCGAGGCCUUGUCCCCGUUCGCGGCCUUCAAUAGUGAUGAGGACAUCCCCUGGAUGACGCAGGCUUCCGCAAAUGCCAGCUCUCCCACGCGCCCUACCCUUUCCCACCGUUCUCGCGAAUCCUCUCCCAUACAGGCCAACAACGCUCUGUCCACCCCCUCUACCGUUCGCUCAUCUCGCGCUGCGGUUCGCGCUCUCCUUUCCAACGCCUGUUCCUCUCACGUUCUGAAAUACCCACGGCUAGUGCGACUGCCCAUACUUCCAACGUUGCACUGCCCAUCUCAGCCACUCGCACUUUCGUGUCGCCUUCACCUUUACUCGUGUUUCUACGCAUCUCUUUAUUUGUCGCUAUUUUCACGUGUUCAUAUCUCGGAUUCAUCGCCAGAAGGUCUUGUGCUUGCAACUUCGCGGCAUGAUUUCCCUUCGCAAUCUGUCCAACUCGCUGGUAACAUGUUACCCGACCUUCCAGCCGUUGUCACUUGCAUGGAAAAAGGAUGGAAACAGUACAUUCCUCUCUCAUUGCUGACCAAUCAGGCGUGUAAAACGGCGGCUUUACGUGCCUCCAAAGAGCAUCUUAAGCUUGACAACGGGUCUGUCUCCAUUGCGCAGGCACCACUUGACGCUCGCGGUGAAAAGCACCUGACCACCACCGACUUCAUGGAAGCCUCUGGACGUUUCCUCAACAUAAUCUCCGUACACUAUCCUGACGUCAGUGGUCGUGCACUCAUCCAUGACCAGUUUGAAAAACAUUUCCACAUGAUUGUCCGUCGUGUCGAUUUCGGACAGUAUCCCGGCCUGUAUGUUGAGUAUGAUAUUCAAAUUCGCCGUCUUCACGCUAGCGGUCGGCGUUUCCGUCCUGCUGACUGGCAACAUGAGAUAUUCACGAAUAUCUGUGACGAGUUUCUACUUGGGUCGGCCUCCGGCCGGUUCACAUCUGCAGGGUACCCUGUAGAGAAUGCUCCCCCUGCAUUCUUGUCUGUCCAGCCACGCUCGAGUGUGAACUCUCGACCUCCACAACGGACGUCCUUUCGUGCAGACCCUAAGCCCAAUGAUGCAUACAAUCUAUCGACACUCCUUGCCACCAUUCGGUGCUUCCUCUGUGGAGCUACUACGCACGUCGGGCGCAACUGCAAACACAAUGUGCUCCCAUUCCUCGGUGCUCCGAGUCUAACUGUCAUCGUGUCCACGUCUGCUCCCUGUGCGGCAAACCCGGUCAUGGGGCCAAUGCUUGCACAAAAGCUUGAUUUCUGUCCCAUCGUCACGCCUUUACGCUGGUCGGUUUGGCGUGACGAGCUCGAGGCUGCCGGCUGCCUUGACUCCUUUCUUGACAUUCCCUCAGGUAUUCGCGAUGGUUUCCACAUUGGCGUUAACUCUCUUCCGUCCUCCACAUAUAUUCCGCGCAACCAUUCCUCCGCUUCCGAUCAUCCUGAAGUAAUUCUUGACUACAUUGCCACCGAACUCCUUGCCCGGCGAUACUUUGGCCCUUUCCAUCCCUCGCGUCUCGAACAGCUUAUUGGCCCCUUUUGGUCUUCACCUCUUGGUACGGUUCCGAAGGCGAACAGCCCUGGCGUAUUUCGCAUUAUUCAAGAUUUUUCCUAUCCUCGUCACAACCCCGCGAUGCCUUCCGUCAAUUCCGAUAUUGACAGCGAUGAUUUCCAAUGUGAAUGGGGAACUUUUGCGGCAUGUGUUCUUCUCAUUCUCCGUGCUCCGCCAGGUACCCAAGCAUCUGUCAAUGAUGUCGAGAAAGCAUAUCGUUGUGUCCCCAUCGCUCCACAGCACCAACCUCUUGUCGUUAUCAUGUGGAAGGGUCUCAUUUACAUGGACCACUGUGCUGCAUUUGGUACUUCCAGUGCCCCUGGGAUAUUUGGCCGUAUUGCCGAUGCUGCUGUUCGCAUUUUUCGUCACCAUGGUGUUCAAGAUGUAAUCAAGUGGGUCGAUGAUUUUGUCUUCUUCCGCUACCCAUCAGGAACGGCCGUCGACGGGUCUCACCUAUAUAGCUAUGAUGAGUCUCUCUUCUUCUCCGUUGCCGAACGUCUUGGAUGGCCAUGGUCUAUGUCAAAACACAUGCCAUUUGCUGACUGUUUCGAGUACAACGGCUUCCGCUGGAGCAUCUCGAUGCGCACAGUCGAAAUUCCGCUCAGAAAAAAGGAGAAGUACUUGUCUCGCCUUCAGCCCUGGACUGCUGGCUGCAAAGUCACCCGCAAAGACUGUGAUCGUCUUGUGGGUACGCUCAAUCACUGCUGUCUCGCGUUACCCGCAGGACGCUCUCGACUACCUUCCUUGUACCGUCUGUCUGCCUCCUUUGCCCACACAUCGUCCGAGUAUGUGCGUCGCUCGGUCUCAUCUGCAGUACUCGACGACCUGCGAUGGUGGCAUGACCAGCUCUCCUUAUCAUUCUGCGGGUCCUCUCUCGUGAUUCCACCUCGUGACAACAGUCGUACGAUUUUUGUAGAUGCUUCCUCGUCCUGGGGCAUUGGGCUCGUUGUGAACGGUCGCUGGCUCGCAUGGCAACUGGUUCCGGGCUGGAAAGACGAUGGACGUGAAAUCGGUUGGGCGGAAAUGGUUGCUGUUGAGCUCGCCGUGCGCUUCCUCAUACACGAUGAUGUCUGCGACUCCCGCAUUACCAUUCACUCAGACAACAAAGGUGUUGUAGGAGCCUUGGAUGCUGGACGGUCACGCGGAGUGCAGCAAAAUCGGAUCCUGCAACACAUCGUAUCUAUGUUCGCUUCUCAUGGCAUCUGGGUUGACAUGGAAUGGGUACCUACCAAAGAUAACCCUGCUGAUGGACCUUCUCGUGGUCAGCUACCUCCUGAUACAUACAAACUCUCGUUGUAUCCAUGUUCACAAUUGCAUCCUCCGCUGAUCCUCCGCAUGCACUCAUCCUGCACAAUGGUCUCCACCGACCUCAGUGCAUCUCUCGACCAUUUCUUCGACUUCAUCCGCAAACACCCCACCGAGCGGUACCCUUCCAGACAUCUUCGUUCUACACCUCUCUGCCGGUUCUCUCCAUACCCCAAGCCUCGUAGCACUCACAAUGCUCAUGGCCCUACCAGACUGGUACUGUCAGCCGCGCAAAUCCACCCGGGCGCGACUCUGAUGUCCUCUGCCGCCGAUGCGAAACUCCUGCAUGUCCUAGAUGCAUCUCUUGCGGACUCCACCACAAAGAACUAUCGCUCCUCUCUUAAUUCCUUCUUCCGAUUCUGUGACGCAGAACGUGUCCCGCCUCUGUUCCGCCUACCCGCCAGCGAACACUUGCUGUGUUGUUUUGCGGCUUCUAAGGCUGGUUUGCGCCCCCGUAACACUGUUCAAAACUAUAUCUCCGCCGUCCGUGCUUGGCACAUCAUCCAAGGUGUCAACUGGAAUGGUGGCCUACGCCUCUCCUACGUGCUCCGUGGGGUUGAGAAUCUAGCACCCGAUCGUAAACCCCCACGUCCCCCAGUUACUCGUGUGAUGCUUGAGCUCCUCCACGAAAAUCUCGACACCUCGAUUCCUCUCAAUGCUUGCAUCGUCGCUGCUGCAAACACCGCUUUCUGGACUCAAUCGCGACUCGGAGAAAUACUCUCACCCGCUAUGCACUCUUACGAUCCGCGGAAAAUCCCAUCACGCCAGCACCUAUCCUCUCCGUCCACUGAGCAUGGUGCAUGCACUCUGCACUACCCCUGGACGAAAACGAAGAAGUAUGCCGGUGACAAGUCGACGGUCACGCGCCAACUAGGUUCCUCCGAUCCAAUCGCCUCACUACAACACCACCUGCUUGUUAAUGACGCCCCAGUCCAUUUCCCCCUUUUCACCUACCAUGACCGUUCGGGUUCAUUCGUAUGUCUCACUCGAAAACUUCUCCUCCGGGUAUGCAACACUAUCUGGAAGCAACGCGGCAUUGCGCACACCACGGGACACUCCUUCCGCAUUGGUGGGACAACUGAACUUCUAAUGAAGGGAGUGGACCCAGCCGUAGUAAAGGUGAUGGGCCGCUGGUCCUCCGACGCUUUUCUGCGCUACUGGCGUAAUCUCGAGAUCAUCGUUCCCCUCCACGCGCAACUUCUUGCACCGCGUGUACAGCCCUUCCUACCUUCGACUUUAAAGUCACGAUCCCGAAAACAUGUAACUUUCAAAGUGGUUUGA